CUAAUGUUUGCAUGUUUCAGGAUGAUGACAGUACUGUUGAUGGAAUCAGCAGUGAUGAUGGGAGCAGCAGUGAUGAUGAAGCACUGAUGUUGUUCAUGCACCAAAAAAGGAAGAGAAGAAUGAUGCAGAUGGCCUACAUGAUUGGUAUGUACUACUUGGACUCUUACGGUAACAAAGGACCUAGAAGAGUACCAAUACAGUCUGGGCAUGAUUGGGUUAUGACAACACUAGGCAACGAAACUGCUUGUUACAACAUGUUUAGAAUGCACAGACCAGUGUUUGAGAAAUUGCAUAGUGUGCUUGUUGAUUCCUAUGGUUUGAAGUCCACCAAAAAAAUGUCAUCAGUUGAGUCUCUAGGCCUAUUUCUUUGGAUAGUAGGUUCCCCUCAAUCUGUAAGACAAGCAGAAAACAGAUUUGUUAGGUCAUUGGAGACAAUUGUAAGGAAGUUUGAUAAGGUUUUGGAAUGUCUGAUCAAGCUUGCAAAAGACAUCAUCAGGCCAGUAGAUCGUCAAUUCAGAACUGUGCAUUCAAAAUUAAGAUCUAGAAAGUAUGCACCAUUUAUGGAUAAUUGCAUUGGUGCAAUAGAUGGGACACACAUACAAGUUGUGGUACCACUUGCCACUGCUGCCCAGCAUAGGAAUAGACAUAAGGAGAAGAGUCAGAAUGUGAUGUGUGUGUGUGACUUUGAUAUGAGAUUCACAUUUGUCCUAGCUGGUUGGCCAGGAUCAGUGCAUGACAUGAGGGUAUUCAAUGAUGCACGAUCCAGAUUUGAUGACAAGUUUCCAAAACCACCACCUAAUAAGUUUUAUCUUGUGGACUCAGGGUACCCAAAUAGACCGGGUUAUCUUGCACCAUACAAGGGUUUAACCUAUCAUUUCCAGGAGUACCGUGAUGGCACAAUGCCUAGAGGAAAAAAGGAACACUUUAAUUUCACCCAUUCUUCACUUAGAAAUGUCAUCGAGAGGUGUUUUGGAGUCUUGAAGAACAAGUGGAGGAUUUUGUUUCACUUGCCUAGUUAUCCACAGCAGAAACAAAGCAAAAUCAUUGUGGCUUGCAUUGCACUGCACAAUUUUAUUAGACAAAGUCAACUGCCCAAUAUAGAGUUCGACAAGUGUGAUCAAGAUGAAAACUAUGUACCAUUGUCUAUGCCAACGACCACAACAAAUGAUUCAACAAAUGAGAUGGACAAUGCUGCUAUGAAUCAAUUCAGAGCUUGGGUCGCUGAUGGGUUGUGGUCCUUGAAACAACAAUGA